UCUAUCUAUGGGAAUGUUUAGAGAACAGAACUUGGAGGAUUCUAGGUUCCAAUAGACAGAAUUUUCAGCUUUAAUUGCAGCCUGUAAUGACUAAAUAUUUUAGAACACGUGAUGCCUCUGGACUAGAAUUCUUUUUACGCCAGAAGGGCUUUUCGCUCAAAGAAAUGAAGGCCGCCACCGCUGCCACAGCAUCUUAAAUUUUGGAUGCAUAAUAGAUUGUGGUUUUUCUACCAGGAUAGCCUCCAUGGAAUGUGACUGAAUAGGUUGAAAGCAAAGAACUGAAAUUGCAAGAUUAAGGACCAGUCAGGUGUAAUGAAUAUAGUUCCACUGCCUCAUUGGGAAUUCACCAUUUAUUUACUUCUUUCGAUUGGCAUCCACUUAUAUUCAUUCUAUGAGGUCUACCUAGCUUCUAAAGAACAUGAAAAGGAACUUGAUUAUGAAUUUGGCCUGGAAAAAGACCCCUACUUCUUGGGUCACAGAAAGGAUUCUAUGGAUUUUGAAUGGGGUUUCUGGACAGAAUGGGGACGCUGGCCUCUAAUAUGGCUCAUGCUGGGACAUGCCGUAGUAUCACAGCUUGCCAGAAUUUGGUUUAGAAAGCGCCGUCCAUGGUUCCUCAUGGUAUAUGGUAUGGUGGCUUGCUGGCUCGUCCUGGGAACCAAAGGACUAACAGUAAUUUUCCUCAACGUCGUUAUAUCCUACAAGGUGGCUGAAAUGAAAAUGCAUCUGGUAACAUGGCUCAGCUCAAUAGUAAUGCUUUUAAUAUUCCAUGUCAAGUCUGUGGAAAAUAUUCAGCGUGGCUGGUACGGCAGUGAAAACGAAUACCACUUGCUGCUGUUCACGCUGACUGUUCGCUGUUUAUAUUACACAAGUUUCAGCCUGGAAUAUUGUUCUCUGCAGGAAAAUGAGACCAUGGACAACUCCUUCUCUUCAAUGCUGGUCUAUGUAUUCUAUUACCCUGUGUUUCACAAUGGUCCUAUUAUGACCUAUGACGAAUUUAGUAACCAGUUACAGAAGCAAGAUGACGGUUGUACAGGUUUUGAUAUCUAUGGAUUAGUCCUGGAUGUAGCACGCUUACUUGUAUGGUGGUGGUUAGCAGAACUGAUGAUUCACCUUAUGUACAUGCAUGCAAUGUUCAGCAGUUAUCAUCUCCUAGAAGAAGCCUCUUUUUGGACCUUGGGUGGUUUAGCAUUGGCUCAGGUGUCUUUUUUUUAUGUGAAGUACCUAGUGCUAUAUGGGAUUCCAGCACUCCUUAUUCGAUUGGAUGGAAUGAAUCCACCUGCAUUGCCACGUUGUGUGAGCACUAUGUACAGCUUCACCAGAAUAUGGAGGAGCUUUGAUGUCGGCCUACACCGCUUUCUUGUAAGAUAUAUUUAUAUACCUAUGGGAGGUUCACAUUGUGGCUUCUGUGGAAUCUUGCUGUCUACUGCGUUUACGUUCGUAUUUAUGUGUUUGUGGCAUGGAGCCCAUGAAUAUCUGUGGUACUGGGCUUUGCUGAACUGGAUUGGAAUAAUAACGGAGCAAGGACUGAAAAAGCUACUUGCUGUGUCCACUGUCAAAAACAGAAUUAAUCAGUGGUUGUCACCAAAGCUGUAUCGCCAAAUCUAUGCCGCACUGGCAUCCAUUUCCACCGCUUUCUUAAUAUUUACCAACCUGAUAUUUCUUGGAGGUGAACACGUUGGAAAAAUCUACUGGAACCGAGUGUUUGUUCAAGGUUGGCCGUGGGUCCCUCUUGCAAUUUUUGGCUGUCUGUACUGCUUCUCUCAAAUCGGAAUCGAAUGGGAUACAUUUCACUUCCCCCAAUAUAAAGGAUCUUUUCCAUUAUGUACAAGUCCUAAGUUGGGAAAGAGCUGACUGUGAAUGCCUUCACUCCAUGUACAUCUUUAAAUGUGUAUGGACAUUGAUAAACUGAAAUGGUAAACCUGUCCUUUGCCUGCGCACGCUGUCUCUGGAUACUCGGCGAGUACUUAGCUGAACCGACAGACGUCACAGCGUGGUGUCUGGAUCUAAUAAAGAUUUGCAUUGUCUUGUAAUGAUCCAGAAAAUAACAGAAAUAGCGCUUUGCAUUUAUGUCAUUUUGUUGCAUAUUCUCACUGGAGAAAAAAUGAGCAGAACAUUACCUUCAAUGCUUGGGUUGUUGGUUGAGAACAAUCUAUUUACUUCACAACCCUGCAUCAUUGGAAGCACAGCCAUAAUCUUGGUUAAGAUGAAUAACAUGACUCCUAUCUGCAAUAUUUUGCCAGUAUACAUAGCCAUGCAAACUUUACUGUAUACAUGUAAGUACAUAAAGAGUAACUCAAGUCAUUCGGUAACUUCAAAUAAAUCCAAAAAACACUUUCAAUGAUACAAAAGGUACAAGAUUUAUUUUCUUUGUAUUUUUUUUUUUACUAUUCUAUGCAAUGACCCAUCAUUGUUCCUUUCUUA